AUGCAACACGCUCGUGCUCAGCCAGCGGACGUUGAAAUGAGCUUGCGGGAACAACUUCUGAGCGAAGCCACAGGCUCUGCACCACCUCCAUAUCCGCCAGCACCUAUAGCACGUUCUGGACAUGUCGAUCAUCCGUAUCCUCACUCAGAUUCGCAGAGUCCCCACGAUCACCAUCUCGACCCGAGCGUUACCGGACAGCAGGUCGCAUAUGCUAUGAGCGGAGGUGAGAACCCGGACGAUGGUCUCAGUCCCGAGGCACGGAAAGGCAAGAGAGAGUUGUCCACGAGCAAAAGAGCGGCGCAAAAUCGGGCAGCGCAGCGAGCGUUCCGCCAGCGCAAAGAAGGUUAUAUCAAGAAGCUUGAGGAACAGGUCAAGGACUACCAGAACAUGGAGCAAAAUUACAAGGCACUUCAGAACGAGAACUAUCAGUUGCGCGAAUACAUCUUGAGCCUCCAAUCACGAAUGCUCGAGAACCAGUCCGAUUUCCCACCAGCGCCUCCGCAUAUCAAUCUGUCAUCAGGCGCACCUCCACCGGCGAGUCAAGCCGCAGAGUCCUCGAAUCCUGCGGAACAGCAAAUGCGCCGCGACAUGGACACGCGACCCCCACCUCCAGCACCGGUGGUAGCACGCGAAGAUCCAAGCCAGCGCGACGGACUCAGUCAACUACAGGCGGCAGCGGCAUCAGCGCAACACGAGGCGCGAGCGCAAGCAUCGCCAUACGGCCUCGGAAAUGACUACCCACAGCAACGACCAGACAGUGCAACCCCUGCGAACCACGACGCAAAGCCAGCAUCUUAG